AUCAUCUAUUAAAUCAUUCAUUAAAUGCAUGAAGAUUUGUUGGGUUUACAUUAGAUUUUAUAAUUUCAAUAUCCUCUUUGGAAGAUUGUAUUAUUUGUGUGAAAAUAUCGCCCUGUAAAUCGAACGCCGAAUAUAAUUAUCCGACGUGGAUGCGUGUACAACAUGAAAUAGCGAGGGAGUGUAACACGUCGAGAAUCGCCCCCUAAUCCGAAGUGGUACCCACAAAAAACAGAAAUAAACCGCAAUAAAAAGAAAUGCAUAGCCUAUUAACCAAACAUAUUCAGCCAAUGUGUUCAGUUUGAGUUGUGAACUUCCGUUAAAAGUCUUGGUUGUAACAAACUCUUGUAAUGGUACGGCUAUUGAACUAUUCUUCAUCGACAUACCAGAUUCUUAGAUCAAAUAAUCUCCUCUUCUAUUCUAUCGUGUGAAAUAAGAAAUGAUGAGUGUUUGGUGUCUGUGUAAGUGAUCGACGGGUUUUUCAUCGGGUUUUUUUGUUAUUUUCGUGCUGAUGACAGACUCGGAUCAGAUGAUCAACGAAAUCUUCGACUCGUUCAACACCCUCAAUUAUUUACUCGUUAUAAUCGUCUUCAUAAUUUUCGGCUACCGCCCGCCUUGGUGGACACGAAAAGCGGUCGAUUGGGUGCAAAAGGAGAUCCAGGACCUCCCGGGGCCGCUGUCGCUGCCGCUCUUGGGCACCCGAUGGGUGUUUUCCUGCGGCGGUUACACCUUCAACAAAAUCCACGAGUUCUACGCCGAUAUGUACGAAAAGUACGGACCGAUCGUGAAAGAGGAAGCGCUGUUUAACAUUCCCGUGGUGAGCGUGUUCGAAAAGGAGGAUAUCGAGAAGGUGCUGAAAAGCAGCGGGAAAUAUCCGAUCAGACCGCCCACGGAAGCCGUGGCUGCUUACAGGAAGAGCCGGCCCGAUCGGUACACCAGCGCAGGAAUCGUCAACGAACAGGGUGCGGUGUGGUACCAUCUCAGGACGUCGCUCACGUCGGACCUGACCAGCCCGAAGACGAUCUCCGGCUUCCUGCCGCAGGUGGAAGAGAUCGCGGAGGAUUGGUGCAGCUUCGUGAGGCAGCACCGCGCCAACGGCGACAGGGUGUUCGAUCUGGAAGACGUGGUGGGCAAGCUGGGGCUGGAGACCUCCUGCGCCUUGGUGCUGGGCCGACGACUGGGCUUCCUGAUUCCGGGCGAGGAGUCCGAUUUGGGCAGCAAACUGGCCGCUGCCGUGCACAAGAAUUUCAUCGCCAUAAGAGACACGUAUUUCGGAUUGCCCUUUUGGAAAUUCGUACAAACGUCGGCGUAUAAGAACCUCGCCGAGAGCGAGGAAAUGAUCUACAAAUUAGCCUUGGAAUUAAUCCAGACUGCUGAUGAGGCGACCCACGACAGCGCCGUGUUCCAAUCAGUCCUCAAGGCUGAUAUCGAUCAUAAAGAAAAGACUGCUGCCAUCGUUGACUUCAUUGCUGCUGGUAUAUACACCUUGAAGAACAGCCUGGUGUUUUUGCUCUACCUAAUAGCCAUGCACCCAUCAACGCAGGAGAAGAUCCUGGAGGAUUCGUCGAAAUCGUACUUGAAAGCGUGCGUGCUGGAAUCCUUCCGGCUCCUCCCGACUGCCUAUUGCCUGGCGAGGGUGACGGAAGAGGAUCUGGAGCUGUCGGGGUACAAAGUCAGCGCCGGCAGCGCUGUGAUUUGCCACACGGGAAUAGCGUGCAAAAAUGACAAAUAUUUCCGCGACGCCGGGGAAUUCCGGCCGGAACGGUGGCUGGGCGAAGAGAAAUCCGCUACUACCAGCAACGCUACGUUCUUGGUGAGCCCGUUCGGCGUGGGGAGGAGAAUUUGCCCCGGGAAGAGGUUCAUAGAGCACGUGUUGCCGAUUAUACUGGAAAGUACCGUGAGAAACUUUGAGAUAGAGACGGUCGAACCCAUGGAGUUGCAAUUUGAAUUUUUGCUGUCUCCCAAAGGUCCCACGACCAUGUUGUUUAAAGAUAGAGGAUAAGUUAUGUAAGGGUGAAAAGGGCUUCGUUUUAGGGAUGGAAAUUCUAUUAAAAAAUCAAAAUGCGUAUUACUAUUGGAAGCAAGUUUGUCUUAUAGCUACACAUGGGCAUCCAUUUAGUGCUAUUGAAAUAAAACAAUAUUUUCCUAUAGUUCUAGAAACUAGAUAAUUUCGUACAUAGAAAACAUUUUUAAUUAAAAUUAAAUUUAGAACUGAAUUAAAUUUGAUAUAUGCUCUUGGUAAUAUUACUUAAUAACUU